AGUUGCAAGAUUGCAGAUAUUCUAAUUUUUUGACCUUGGUAAUACAACAUUUCAAAUGUCAAUGUCAGCUUUUUUGCAGAAGUGUUGUGUGAGUGCGUAUUGUGGUGUUUUAAAAAUAAGAUUACCUGUAAGAUCCAUUCAUACGUACAAAAUGGCAGAUAAACCAACGGAUUAUUCAACUGCCAAUGGUUUCGAGAGCAAAACUCCGUUCCUGAUUGGUGUGGCAGGUGGUACGGCCAGCGGCAAGUCAACAGUAUGCCAACGCAUCAUGGAGAAGUUGGGGCAACAGCACAAGGAGCAGACAGAGCGCCGUGUAGUCUGCAUCAGUCAGGAUUCCUUCUACCGCACUCUCACACCCUCAGAGAGGCUCCGGGCUGAACGAGGACAGUUCAACUUUGAUCACCCUGACGCGUUUGACGAUAAGAAGCUGCUUGCUAUCCUGAAAGAUAUCCUUGCUGGCAAGAAGGUGGAGAUACCGGAGUAUGAUUAUAUCACCAACUCUAUUAGCCCACAUCGCUCGCACACAAUCUACCCUGCUGAUGUGGUGCUGAUCGAAGGUAUCUUGGUGUUCUACUUCCCCGAGGUGCGUGAACUGUUCCACAUGAAGCUGUUCGUCGACACUGACUCUGACACUAGGCUCGCUAGGCGAGUGCCUCGUGACAUAAUGGAGCGCGGCCGCGACCUGGAGCAGGUACUCAAUCAGUACAUGAACUUUGUCAAGCCAGCCUUCGAAGAGUUCUGCUUGCCGACCAAAAAGUUUGCUGACGUCAUCAUUCCGAGAGGAGCCGACAACCUAGUGGCUAUUGACCUUAUCGUGCAUCAUAUUUGGGAUAUCAUGUAUAAGAAGAGGGCGUCGCCGCCGAAGAUUGUGAAUGGAUGCAAUGGACACCAGGAGGUGGACGAGACCAAUGGACGGCGAAUGUCUGGAAGCUCCGAAGACACUCUGAGUCGAUAGUAGUAGACAGUUUGACGGUAUGUGACUUUGUUGCCAUAGUACUCUCGACCUUAUUGUCCUCUAUGAAGUAUGCCGUGAUGAAAAUACUUGUACAAAGCACAACAGGCUGGAAGUUUCCACUACAAAGCAUAUAAGUUCUUGAAACUAUCAACCUAAGAUUAAUUUUACUUGUGAAGUAAAUUGUUUUAGUUCUUCCUAGCGAAAUCUCGACGUGAACUUCUACUUGUCUGUUUCAUGGGUCUUAUAUAGAGUACUUAGGAAACAAAGUCACUGACGUCACAUGAUUGUUCAAGGUAUGUAACGUCCCAGUACCUCAUACACUUGUGUUGUAGACGUGUAUUCGAUUCUAGCUCUUAUUGCGUAUGAGAUACGGUUUAUAUUACUGUGCAUUUUAAGGUAAACUUUAAAGCGAAGUUAUAAACUGGUUUACUAACUUCUAUAACGAAAGAAGAAAAUACUAAAUGCUUAUUUAAAGUCCUUUAUAAGUCCACUAAAUAAAUAAUGAAAUUAAUUCUAUAACAUGGCAAAGUAUGCUAUAUUUUAAACCAAAAACUGCACUGUACAAACAGUUAAAACGGUAUCUCAUGUCCAGUAAGUGGCUAUGUAAUGUUAAUUUCUCCAAUAUCCGUAUAUGUAUAAGUACGUUGUAGUUAAGGUCCAUUAUUGUUUAUUAUAAGGCUGACGCUUUACAAAGCAUAUAGAGUAAGUAUAUUUGUAUGACGUGUCGAUAUGUCGCUACAUCUCGACGGACAUUGGGCUGUGGAAAUGUUUCGAGUUUCUUCCAAAUUAAAGUCCUAGCUUCCAUUGCGCUGCACCUCGAAGAGCCAUCAGACCACCACAGAUGGGGUCCAGUCGUGGCUCGAAAAGCAAGAGUAAGAACGGGGUGGUUUUUAGUCAGUAAGAGUCUGACACUUCCUCUCGCCCAAGGCGGAUGAAGUCAUUGGAUGAUUUUUCCCCAUUAAAAAAAGCUUCCAUUGUUAGACAGUUUUCGAAAUUGUAUUUCAAAUGGUAAAUGAUGAUGAAGACAAAAUCUGAUUUGACGAAUGUUCUUACUACGUUCAACAGCAAAUGUAGUUAAGUUUUGACUCUUUUAACUGUUAUGUCUGUCCGGAGUAACGUGCGUGAAAUUGCUCUUAAUCAAUUUGCAACCUUAUCGAUAAUGCUAUAAAAUUCUGUACCCCUAGUAGAAGUAUGCUUUACGUAAAUCAGAGUACGAAAGUAAUCAGAGUUGGCCAGCUCGAAUUAACUAACCAAUGAGAGCCCUGAGCGCACUCUUGUUUCGAUUUGGUUAAAGUAAAACAAACUCGUACUAAGGGUACUGAAAGCACAACAACGUUCAGUUAUCGCGUACCUAACAAAUAGUCAAUUACUACUGAAACUCGAAACAUUUCGACACUCUCGUCAACAAUUCCUAUAAAAUGUAGUCAACUACAAAUAUUGUAACAAAUGCCCCAAUAUCCAACGCCAAUGUUUUCAUCUAACAUAAAUAUUCCACCAAUGUUUUGUACCAACAUCCAAUGUUUAUUACCAAGCAAUUACAUGCUUUAUUUAUUGGAAGCUAAAGUUUAUAAUGGCUAAAUUAAUUUGGUAGUUGGUAAUUAUUAUAAUAAUUAUGUACUAAAUAUCAGGGUUUCUGGUAGAUUAUUAUGUGAUCAGUAUUGAAAUGAUACGCCAUCAAAAUACAAAGUAUUUCAAAAUCAUUUUACGUAUGAAUGUCAUCCAUUUUCUUUUUGUUCGAAAGUGUUCAAUUUCAAAGAUGCAUUUGUUUUUACACGUAUUUGAUACGGAUACUACUUGCGAUUUUGGACAGUCCUAUUACAACAAGACUGAUUGCAAAAUUACCAAAAGAAAUUGUAGAAAGUACAGGUAGAUUUUUUUAUGCAGGAAAGACAAUAAAAGACUCAGUACCAAAACAAUAGCUAUUGUUAUAGUAAAUUGUAUGCUUUUUAACGGGAACCAAAUCGGUUACCUGCAUACUAAACUGUUGUACUGACUUCACAUCUAUCUAAGUUUUAUGGAGAUAGAGAGUUAGCCUACCUGAACCUUUAGAUUGUGUUACGCGGGCGGUGCAAAGCCUAUUUUCUAAAUAGGACAUCGUUGGUAGUUAUCCGUAUCAUUAACGUAAAAUAAUUUUGCGCACAAUAUUUUAAAUCUUAUUUUAUUUGCUGUAGUCUAAUAUACUUUUAUUUUUUAAUUAUAAAACCUUAUAUUCCUAUAUUAAAAUAUUUUUUCUUUAAAAGUAUCGUAUUUUGUACUGUAUAUAUUUUAAGUUGUGCAAUGUUUUUUUUAAUGUUUAAUUAGGAUAACUAGUUACCGUUGCCUUUUGGAACACCAAUAGCUUAUAAAAUGAAUAAAACUAUAUAUUUUUUCAAUAGUUAAAUAUACAUGUACCCAAUACAUUCUUGAAAAGGGCUCAUAUAGCUCCUUUUCACUUUAUCAAUAACUUAUGCUUUUGUCACAAAUAUAUUAUUAAAUAAUUGAGGUGAACAUUUAAUAGUAAGUUGUGCAACCUAUAGAUAGUUUAGAUAAAACAUUUUUCUGUUACAAAUCCCUUGUAUGCAUAUUCCAAACUUUUAUCGCCGACUUAAUCCGACAUUUUGUUUUUGAGCUCAUGAUAAAGUUUUCAUCUCUAUCCAUGUAUAAAUCUAUCGACCGAUUCGUAAAUUCAUAUUAAUAGCGAUAUUUUAUAGCAUAACGUCAUAUUUUUAAUGUUAGUAGCCAAUAUUAAUUUAGUUUAUUGUUUAUUAUCAAAGUUUAUGUUUCGUCGGCGGUAAGAGUUGCGUAGUGCAUACAUUUACAGACAAUACAUGUAUGUAUGUAUAAUUUACAGACUGAUUCAAAUAUUGGAAAAGACUAAUUCAUCAUUACGACCCAUGUAGAGUACUGUAGAUAUUACAUUGUACUAAAUUUCACUGUUUAAUACCGAUUUCAGAAUAUUCAGUAAUUUGACGAAUAUUAUCUCGUAGUAAGAAAGAAAUACCAAAGGAAAUAAUUCGGAAUAUGUAGUUAAUAAGAUGAUAUAUGAUAGAAUGAAACGUAGAAGAUAUUAUGUUUAGCUGACCAAAAGUGACAUCGUUUAUUUGUUAAUGAAGUAAAGAAAGUUAAAUAAGGUCAAAUUACUGAAUUUUACUGAAGUAGGUUUUUAUAAUGUCAUCAAUGCGCCUUCUGUUUCUUCAUGUAUUUUAUUUUGACAAUCAUAUAAUUUAGUUGAUAUCUGGCGCUGGUCUAGUAGUUUGAAUACAGAUCCGCUUUUCUAUGUAAGGUUUCUUAUCAUUUGUUUAAUGCAUCUUAAAGUGCACUUGUUUUAAGUGUUAAAUUAAUGAAAUAUGUACGAAAAUUUAAUGAAAUUCUAAAUGUCGCAAUAAAUAUUAGAACUAAAAGGAUAAACAUAUAAAAAUAUUAUUAUAUAAUACAUACACUUACUAUGCAUAGGUAAUUAUAGCACAUAAUGGUAUCGCAGAAACAGAGGGCGUAGCCAAUUCCAAUUGUUUAAAAUGUGAUAAAAACGUAAAGAAAUGUAAAAUUUGUUCGUUAUAUUGGUGUGUUAGUUAAUUACGCGGACUUUUACGGCAGACUACGAUAAAUUUUGUACUAAUUUGAUCUUUAUUUUCUAUGCAAUAUGGUUCUUAAUACGCGCCUUCACUUAUCUCUAUAAAUAAAAACUAAUUGCUGUUCGCUAAAACUUGAGAUCGGCUGGACCGGUUGGGCUAAUUUUGGUCUUGAAGUCCAGGGACGGUUUAAAAGGUGGGAACAAAAUAUUUGAGGCGGUACGAAGUGUGCCGGGUCACAGCUAGUAUCAAGUAAAAAUGUUUUUUUCCAUGACCUAUUCAUUUAUUUUUAAAGGAUUAUCAAAUAAAUAGUUAAUUGGUUGGUUAAUAAGGUUAAUGAACUUGUUGUCGAUGUUAAUAUUGACAGUAGAUACCUAGUAAUGAUGCAAUAAUAACAAAAUUUUAAUUUUAAUCUUUUAUUUGGAUCGGACAUAUUAUACAUUACAAUGCCGUAGAAGUUCGCGUUGAGCUUAGUAAAAUUGUCUUAGAAGAAGAAUUAGAGCCGUAGUAAAAUAUUAUUGUUUUGACAAUUCGAUUGUUUGUGAUUAUUAUAAUUGACUGAACAUGUUUUAUCGUGGUUUUUGGUAGAGUUAAUUGUUUCAAUCCAAUAUUUGUGUAUAUUUGUUCUGUUCGCCAUGAAGUAAAUACUAAUACUAAUUCAUAUCAAGUCCAAAGAGUGGUACUAUUCCUAUAGUAUGUAGUUUAAAUUCCAAAAAGGAGUUUUAAUGCACAUAACCUUUUUUAAUAGAUAUAGGCUCUAAAACGAAAACUGCCAAAAUGAAUUACGUAUACUAUUUGUCAUAACGUUAGUUGCCUUUUUCCCAAAUGUCUUUCAAAAUUCUCGAUCGCACACGUAUAUUAUGUAGAGCUUUCAGCAUUUUAUGUAGCAUUUAUGUACUCUGGCAACAUUGAUUUAUAUAUUUCGCUAGAUAUAUGCGAUUCUCCUGUACUAUGUGUAGUUUCACAUGAGACAGUCAAAUCAAAGGAAAAUGUAUGCAAUUGCUUAUUAGAUGGGUGAUUCUUCAAAAAAUCAAAAAGUUAACGGCUGUCAUUAUCCUCAAACAAAAGUUAACAAUUAUGCCGAUUGAAACACAAAAGGUUUCAAUAAAAAACUGUGACACUGUUCUCAAUCAAUGCAAUAAAAAUAAGAACGAUAAUAAGAUACCACGAUGCUUAAUAACGCGGGAGGAUAAUGAUUUGUUAAAUAACAGUUAAAGUUUUUUGAAGAAACACCCAGAUAUUUUGACUGUGUCAUGUGAAACAAAGUGUAUACUUAUGUACUCAGCACAAACGAUGUAUCUGUUGUAUGUUUACUGCCUUCUGUAUAAUUUCCAUUUUAAACAAUGUAUUGACGUCAUUUAUGUAUAUUUUAAAGGAAUAAAGUGUUUGCAAAUUUA